UAACUACACGCGUUAUUUUGUGUCUCUUUUUUCAAAUAAAACCAAAUCAUUAAUCGUGUUAUUUAGCUAAAGAUUCUAGUUUUUGUAGAUUUAUGACUAAACUCAUCAUUGUCAAGAUUCAAAAGCGAUCGAUAAAGUAAACUAUUAUUAUUUUAAACUCAAAGUGGUGAGUGUUCAAAAAAAGUGGGCUUUUUUGCGUUUGAGCCACCCUUGUAGUCACGUGCAACCUCAAGGCGUUUCUAAUAUGACUUAAAAAGAUCCAUUGUUUCUUAAAAAGACUAACACUUCCCGAGAAGGACUUACAUACUUACAAUACGUCAAGAAAUCCAUGAUAAAAUUUCUGAAAAAUUGUUCGGGCCUCAAGGAUAUAAUAUAAUAUGUGAUUUAUUGCUCUUUUGGCGGUCUUCUGACCUACAAUAUUAUACAGCACCAGUAACUUUCUUAAAGAAUCGGGCUAGGUGACAGGUUAAUUCUCAACAAAUUUUGCGUUUAUAAUACCUAUUGAUCUUUCUCUUGCAUGCAUGACUUGAGUGAUCUGUUUGAUUUUAUUGGAUGGAUCAGAAAAAAAUUGGGUUUCAUUUAACCAAAACAUGCAGGCGCAGCCUCGCUACAACAAAUCUUGGCGCAUGGCAACAAUACAAUUGUUCAUAAUAACAACUUAUGUCGUUACCGGAAUCUCACCCAGAGAGGCCGGCAAAAAAUUCUACAUACAAUUCAAAAUUGAUCGGCGGAAGACCCUAAUCGGUGGGAUGCUCAGAGGCAACUACGCAAAGCCCGAAUGGCGCCUAUAUUCUUGCUGUCAAGACGACGUAAGAGAUGAGGACUCUACCAAUGUUUCUGUUAGUGGCAUCCACUGCGAGCGAUUACGUAUACGGUUUCCUCAAACUCUGAGCAAAAGUUGGAAGUUCCACAAAAACAACGUGAGCUUUUUCCAAACACAUCGGAGCAGCUUCGGCGAGAAUCUGACGUUCCCAGACACGGCCCCGGAGCGUGUACCCCCGGAGCUGUGGCUAGGCAUCGUCCACGCCGACGACUGCCCACGAACCCCAUUGAAGCCCAGCGCCGAAAUGGAGAAACUCGUCAAGAACCAGAGCGACGCCUGGAUCACCGCCGUGACGACACAAGCCACUCAGCAGAAUCUUCGCGCCUACUUGGCCGCCCCUGGCCUGGCCUGGCGCACUCAUGACGACCUGAAAACCGCCUAUCUAAAGGCUUACGUCGCCUACCUCACCAGGGUCAUCAAAGACUAUGAUAAAUACAUGUCCCACAGAACUCAGUUCAAAGUGGCGCAAACUAAUAGAUCGUACGACGCUCCACUUGGCUGGCGGGGACCGGCAUGGCUGGACUGGAGAGGAUUCAAACAUGCCAGGUAUUUUUACAACAAAUACUGGAGGGGAAGUUGGGACCAGAUGCACAGGAUGUGGCUGUGGAACCCUUCAAUGGAGUCCCGGUUGCGGAAGAUGAUUCCAGUGCUGGCAGGAAAGAUGAUCGACCCUUGUCUCCUGGGCCCGACCAACGACAUCGGCGAAGGAGCUAAAACCCGCGGCAACUUCAUCUGGGACUCGAACAACAGUCUGUGCGCCAUCUACUGCCGCUUCCAGCGAGCCAUCAACUUCCUUUACGUGGAGUCCCACUCCCUCCUCUGCAUCGGCGUCGGAGCUACCCAGAUCCAGGGACGCUGCUUAGGGGACCAGUGCCUUUGCUUCAAGGGGAACAAAUUAUCACAGGACAUUAAGGUCGGCGACUUCGUCAAUCUCCGAUUCUGCAUAAAUAGCUUCAACUUGAAACGAUAUAACGAGACUCAUACUAUGGACUAACUGUAAAUUUGUAAUUGAGUAGAUCGUGGAUAGGAAAGAUGGGAGAGGAUGAUAAAGACGGAGAGGGGGGAGGGAGGACGACGUAGCUAUACCAUUGUCGGAAAAUAAAUUGCAUGGUUUCCAACUUGUAGCCAUCGAAAAAGAUAAAAAAAACCAAGACCAAUUUACACAGGUCAGUCAUUCCCGAGGACGAGUUUUGGUACUCUACUACGCAGUGACGUAGUAUUGAGUGCCUGCAAUGUAUUUCUUAUGGGAGCACCCAUGGUAGCAUGGAGCAUUGAGUGCCGCCGAGUUAGGGCCGGGCGGGGAAGAGGGGAUAUCAAAAAUAUGCGCAAUGACUGACCUGUGUGGAUUGGUCUUGAAAAAAACUGUAUUCAUUCAUUUUUAAGUUCGAUAUACAAAAUAUAAUAAAUAUUAAGAGCAUAAUGUUGUUCUGGUAACCAACAUAUCGACGGUAAAACUGCAAAAACGCGCAUAUUUUGAUUACGGCUUUUCAAAAUCGCCGUUUCUACUUUGUUUUUCGAAAGGAAGCUUAGCAUGGAUUCACAUUACCUCAAAUAUUCUCCAUACAAAGGAAAAAAAUAUCCCAAAUCGUCAAAAAUUAAUGUUGAGCAGUUUUCAGUCCAAAAACACUAGGUAUGACAGGAAGUCUAUAACGUCGCAAACCAUGGUACCAGGUGCUUAUUACGUGCGCGUUUCUGCUGUUCAUCGUCCACAUGCCCUUUAGAAUCCUGGGAUACACAACAGGUUUGAAUGAGAAGAGCGCAGUUUCCACUUUUUUAUCAAACAAACAAAAAAAGGAGGUUGAAAUGCUUUUUCUUUUUUAGCAAAAAACUUAUGAACGAGGUGUGAGCAAGUAAAAAUACAGACGGGAAAAAAUACUUGGGUCUCACUUUUUCGAGCAUACCUAUGCGUGUUGAUUUUUAUCUUAUUUUCGAGUGAUGUUGAUGCUUAUCCUCCCUGUUUUAGGUGCGAAAAUAUGUAAUGAUUAAAAUGAUGAAUUGUAUUGAAUUAAAAUGUGAAAUGGUAAAUGUUCAUUGAGAAUGGCAAUUCUGUGGAUCGACAAGAUUCAAUGAAUAAUUGAAUGUUAUUUACGCUAAAAGGAACGGUGUGCAAAUUCUUAGAUUAAAGCUGCAUAAUAGCGCAUCGGAAAACAUAAUUUGUUUUCAAAACUUUUUACUUUGGUUUGUAAGGAAACAAUUUGUAAGAUUAAAUCAAAAAUAUUUUAGAGAACAACUUGAGCAUUUUUAAGUUUGGAAACAAACAUUAGAUGUUACAUUUAUUUUUAUUUUCAGGAUAGAAAAUACAGGAAUUUAAAAAAAAAACAGCUUUUAAACGACCCAUAUUGAACAACAAUCAUAAAUUGGAAUGAAAUAUUUAUUAAUUAUUUUCACACACAUCAAACAGGCUUUUACAAGACUUUUUGCACUUUUUUUUCAAAAUAAUUAAAAAAUGACUCACAAACUUAGAUCUUUUACU